AUGAAGUGCUCACAAUGCAAAUUAGAAAAGCUCUCUAAAGAGUUUCCACCUACAACCAUUACGGAAAAGUGUCAGCAUAUUUCUUCCCUUUGUUUGCGAUGCUUGAUAACACAAAUAGAUAAAGUACAAAAUAAGCAACAAGCUAAAUGUCCGGAAUGUCAAUCAGUAAUAAAUCCUCAAGAAAUGAAGGCACUUAAUUUAGCAUGGGAGAAGGCACCUUUUAAAAUUGAUGUAGAAAGCAUUGGUAGAGUUCAUCCACCAAUAGUUCAACUACCGGAAGGUGGUUCUUUAAAAGGAGACUUUUAUAUUGUAAUGUUGAAUGGACAAAAAGUGACUAUGAAAUUGGAAGAAAAUAAAACUGUAAUAGCUUUGAGAGGUUCUGUAAACAAGCAAUUAAGAGUUAAUCAAACAAAGCAAAAGUUAAUUUAUCGCGGUAAAGAGCUAGAGGAUACUCAACAAAAUCGUGCAAGUACAUUGGCAGACUACGGAAUUGGACCGGGUAGUCAUAUUCAACUUAUUGUUGUGCUUUAUAGUAUUACAAGGGCCGAGUCUAUCAAAAGUUUAACAUUUGAUUUAUCCUGGGGGUAUCCCGUAAAUGGAGCACAGGAUUAUCUUGAUGGAAGUUGUUUGUUAUAUGCUGGUGAUACAUUUUGGAGAAAAUACGAUUACGCAUCUGUAUAUUAUCCUUCAUUUCCGCAUAUGAGACAUUCUGGAGAUGUGAUGGAUAAUACGAGGAGGACAGGGAGUCAACGUAUCACUGCUAAGCUCGAUCAACUUCCUCCCGAAGUUACCCAACUUUACUUUGUUCUUAGCUCAUGGAAGUCUCCGACAAUCGGUCAUUUUCAAAGACCAAGCUUUAAAUUAUUUGAUGAAACGCAGCCUGAUAAGGAUUUGUGUAAUUAUACUCUUGGAGAAGCGGCAAAUUCACAAGCUGUUAUCAUGUGUUGUGUAUCGAGAGUUGGCAACACAGGAAUGUGGCAAGUUAUUCGGAUUGGAAAGUUGUCAGCUGGAAAUGCGAAUGACUAUGAUCCUAUUGAGAUUAGUAUUGUGGUUGACUGA